UUUGUCAACCUCACAACUUCACGUGUAAUUUAUUUGCUUUGAACCUUCGCUCCGAAAGAUGCUGGAAACGUUACUAAUCGUAAUACGAGGCUGUUUUGGUUUUGCCUUACUCCUAAUGGUUCUCAAUGCACCACAAACUCAGUCCGUUACAUUUACAACCACACCACGCAACCCAACAGACGUUGUAGAGGGAUUGAAUAGUGGAAGAGUUUCUCUUGUUUGGAAAGUCUGUCUUAAUUCUCGAGAAAACUUGCGGAAUAUUACCAUUGGAAGAAAGAGACCCGAUGGAAAUCAACUGACAACAAUAGCUACGAAACCAAACGCCAAUUCCUCUCUCCUUGUAGACAGGAAAUUCCAAAAAUUCUACAUUGCAAGAUCUCCAGCAACCCUAGUCUUAAAAAACGUGAGAAGAACAGAUGAAUACAUAUACUCUCUUGAAAUAUUUUAUUCUGAUGGUAUUCGCAUCGGUCGGAAAGAAACAGACGUCCUUGUUCGUGUGUUUGUGCCUCCAAGUAUUACCAAUGCGCCUAUUACGAGGAUACAUGUAGAGGCUGGAAAAGAUAUCACGCUAACAUGUAAUGCAUCUGGUGAUCCCAGACCGAAUAUCACCUGGACCAAAGAUGGCGUCCCUAUGAGCCCCUCAAGUGACAACUUUUAUCAGUUUCGUCUUACUGGCGUACAGAGCAAGGAUUCAGGAUCAUACAAAUGUAUUGCCAGUAACGGAUACGGCAGCGAUGCAAGUACUGUUAGCAGAGUCGAUGUAAAAUUACCUCCUAGGAUAAUCCUUCCCUCCGUUAGAGAGGCAGAGAUCAAAAUUGGAGAUGAUUUUGUCUUGGUAUGCUAUGCAUCAGGUGACCCAAAACCGAACAUCACUUGGACUAGAGAAGGUUUAACAGCAAUUGAAUCUAUUCGUACCGGCAACUUUUUGCAACUUACAAAUGUGACCAGAAUGAGUGCAGGGUUAUACAGGUGUACAGCUAGUAAUGGAUAUGGGAAUAAUGCCACCAGUGUCAGCGUGCUCAGCAUUAAAUGUGGUGAAAAAUGUGAGCCUCACAGAAUAGAACUGACGCUCGUAAAUGAAACGUGGACACGGUCUUUGUUAAACAGGGAUUCUAUUGAGUUCAGGACCUUGGAAUAUACCAUUCUUUUAGCAAUCUGGAAUGUUUACGCGCGACAGUCUGAAGAGGAGCUUUUAAAGGUGAAAGUUCUAGAAUUCAGGCCUGGUAGUGUCGUCGCCAUUGUUGAGCUUAUGUUUAGAAAAUUGGCGAGUGACCCUUUGAAACCAAUCCAUGAUGAAAUUUCUAAUGGAAGAUUGUCUUCUUUCAAAGUUAAUGCUGUUUUGGAUGUUGAUCCAACCGAUCCAGCCACGACAACAAGUUCCAAUUUGAUUAAGGAUGGAACAUUUCUUCACGUUGUGUAUUCAAGUGUCAUUUUCGUCCUUUCGAUGAUCUUCAUUGUGGUGGUUAUUUUGCUCUGGAGGAGGAGGCCUAAUAAUCCAGGUCCUUCGACUGAAAAUAGAAGUUUCCGUUAUCAUAGUAGUAACGCUACGGAUAAUCAGGAUCAAAAGAACCAAGUUCAAGCUAAUGAGGCAUACGUGAAUAUCUCCGAACGUCUGAUCUUGAGCGAAGAGGAAACGGUAGUUGUUCAAUCGUCGCCAGUAAGAAACGCAGUACCAAACAGAAAACAUCAAAUGGACUCUGAGUAUAUGUCAAUUAAGAGAAUGACAACAAAGUUCAAGAAAUGGGAAGUCAAACGGGAAAAUGUUCAAAUCUCGAAAGUCAUUGGAAAGGGUGCUUUCUGUCAAGUUGCUAAGGCAACUUUAUCAGAUAUCAGUGGAGUAAGGGGAACAACAACUGUGGCAGUUAAAAUGCUGAAAGAAAAUGCCCCAGAUAAUGACAAGAAAGAUCUACUGUCAGAGCUGGAUUUGAUGAAGAAACUUAAGCCUCAUCCUCAUGUCAUUCAACUGAUGGGAUGCGUCACUAAAACUGAUCAUCCACCGUGACUUAGCGGCCAGAAAUGUUCUUGUUGGGGAAGGAGAGAAGUGUAAGCUAACAGACUUUGGAAUGGCGAGGAAUGUUAACCAGGAUGAUAUCUACAACAAAACGAGUCGGGGCCGCCUGCCAGUAAAGUGGACUGCUUAUGAGGGUUUAGUUUAUGGAAAGUACACAACACAAAGUGAUGUCUGGAGUUUCGGCGUUGUUCUGUACGAAAUAUUUACUGUAGGUGGAUCUCCUUACCCUGCUAUUAACGCCCGCGAAAUUGCAAACAAACUUCAGCAAGGAUACAGAAUGCCUAAACCUAAACAUGUUGACCAACAGCUUUACCAGAUUAUGGUCCAGUGCUGGCAGGAAAAUCCAAAUGACAGACCAACAUUCUCUUCACUUAAAGACGUUAUCAGUCGCAUGGCUAAAAACAAAAAUGACACUUAUUUCAACAUGAGAGAGUAUGAUACCACUCUUUAUGCGAAUGUCGAUGACCUAACUAUGGAAUGAAUGAGGUCAAUAAUUGCAACAUAUCAUGGAGGCAGGAGACUAAUUUUAAAUCUUCUUGUCAAUCUCUAGUGUAGGGUUACAGGUUACAGGUUCAGUCCAGUUUUAAAGUGGACUGAUGAAAGAGCUGGUUGAGAAACAAAAGAUAAACCAUAUUAAUUAUGAAGGUUAAUCAGCAUCAGAUCAAACGGACAAGCAGUUUACUAAGUAAUUCAUGUUGCUGUCGCUAUACGUAUCUAGAAGCCUUGAUAAAAUGUUGAGAAGCUGAAUAUUUUCCAGUCAUCCUGCUUUGUGACAUUUUUAUAAAAACAGGUUCGAAGACAUGGUUUAUUUUUCAUGCUUUUUCACUUUACGGUAAAUAUUUUGACGUCGCUAGGUCAUCUUCAAUUAAAUAAAGGCUGAUAGUUACU